ACCACUCAGAGGUCACUUGCCCAUUUUUUGCCGCCGGCAAGAUGGGGCGCACCCGGAGCCGGCCCCCGCGGCACGUGCGCGAGGCUGCUAAAGGGGAGCCUGAAGGUGCAGGAGGUCCCCCUAAAGCCAAGAAGCCUUCGGAAUCGACGCAGCAGAAAGCCGAGGCUGCGUACAGCUACGGUAAGAGUUGUGGCACAUGGGUGAAGAAGAAGGAUGCCAGGCGGGGCUUCAUCUUCCGCUGGCGCUGGAGCCUGGUUCUGCCCGUGAGCCUGGGCGGGGCACCCUCGGCGCCAGGCGAGCCCCGGAAACGCUUCCGCGAUGCCACGGAGACGGGCUUCGGGCAGCUACCGGCCUUCACAGGCAAGAGGACCUUGUUUGAAGCGAGAGAAAAGGAGUGCGCCGCCCGAGCCAAAAAGAUGCAUUCGGGGCCAGAAAGGCGCGCUGGAUGGGUCCGGAAACUGGAGAUCGUAACCCUUGGAUCAGCCGUGGCUUCACAGACUGUCGGAAUCUUGGAAAGUAUGGAAAGCCGCAAGGGAAUCAUUGCCGGCCUAUGCCCCUGUCAGUGAGGAAUGCAUGGACGGCAGGGGGUGCCUGGUUGGAAGCAGUUGCAUCCCGCUUGCUCGUUUCAUUCUUGUGUGUGAUGCUGAUUUUGUUUCUGUG